GUGAUUUAGGUUCUUCGAAAUCUGUAGGUGCUUUAGGUGUUUUAGGUCCUUUAGGUUCUUCGGAAUCUAUAGGUGCUUCAGGUUCUUCGGAAUCUAUAGGUGCUUCAGGUUCUUUAGGUGCUCCAGAAUUUGUGGGUGCUUUAGGUCCUUUAGGUGAUUUAGGUUCUUCGAAAUCUGUAGGUGCUUUAGGUGUUUUAGGUCCUUUAGGUUCUUCGAAAUCUGUAGGUGCUUCAGGUUCUUUAGGUGUUUUAGGUCCUUUAGGUUCUUCGAAAUCUGUAGGUGCUUCAGGUUCUUUAGGUGUUUUAGGUCCUUUAGGUUCUUCGAAAUCUGUAGGUGCAUCAGGUACUUCAGGUGUUUUAGGUCCUUUAGGUGGUUUAGGUUCUUCGGAAUCUGUAGGUCCUUUAGGUUCUUUAAGUCCUUUAGAUGCGUCAGGUUCUUUAGCCUUUGCUCCUGGUAAUCCAAAAACUUGA